AUGCUCAACACCGCGCUCGCCAGUGUCGGGCACAGUUCCGCGCCGCUUCUCCUCACCCUGUACGAUCAGGCUCUGACCAGCCAUCCGCUCGAGACCCGCGUCGCCACAGCUGCCUCGCUCGCAUUCGCCGGCGACGCCGUGGCACAAUGGAGCCAGUCGCGGUCGUACGAUGCUCGGCGCGGUGUCUCUUUUGUGGCUUGCGAGACCUGCUUUCGCGGCAUUCUGCAGCCGCCAAUAUUGCUCUGGGUGGUCGCCACGUUUGCGGGCCGCCUCGCGACCGCAAAGCGCGUGGCGGUCAACCAGUUCGUCGUCUCUCCGCUCGUCUACUUCCCGCUCUUCUGGCUCUGCACCGGAGUCAUCCAGGGGCUGUCGCUGGGAGAGACGGUCUCUCGCGCGCGGGCGGGCUUCCGGAAGCUCUACUCGCGCUCGCUGCUGUACUGGCUGCCGGUGCAGUGCGUGCAGUUCUCGCUGGUGCCACAGCGGUACAAGGUGGUCUUCCUCUCCGUCGCCGGCCUCCUCUGGACCACGCUCCUCUCCGUGGUCGCCGGCUCGGUCCAGCGGUGGCGUCAGCAGCGCCACCCUGCGGGCGACUAGGCCCGUCCCGGGGAGAGAGUCUGAGCGGUUGCUUUCGGUGUGCACUCUUCUUGCGUUUAUUAAUCGCGUGCCCCGGCCCUUCAUGCAAA